AGUAGGCAGGACCGUACCCCGGGCGCCCGCGCAGGGUCGCGCAGGGCGGCUGACCCGGCAGUGUCCGGCAUGACGGGCUGGGCUCUCGCUUCUGCCCCCGCCUCGCUGCAGCGCCAUGGAAUGCCUGCGGAGCCUGCCCCGGCUCCUGCCGCGCGCGGUGGGGCUGCCCCGGCGCAGCCUGUGUGCUCUGGCCUGGGGCCUGGCCCCCGGGCGCGCCGCCGGACUCCUUGGCGGGAGCCGGACCGCGUCGCCGUGCGGACCCCGCGGGCCCCGCCUGGCAGGUGAAAUGCACCGGUUAAGGACGUCUGAUGCCUCUCAGGCCACGUUAGCCAGUGUAGCCCCCGUGUUUACUGUGACGAAAUUCGACAAAGACGGAAAGGUUACUUCUUUCGAAAGAAAGAAAACCGACCUGUACCAAGAGCUGGGCCUCCAAGCCCGGGACCUGCGGUUCCAGCACCUGAUGAGCAUCACCACCAGGAACAACAGGAUCAUCCUCAGGAUGGAGUAUUUGAAAGCUGUGAUAACUCCAGAGUGUCUUCUGAUACUAGAUUAUCGUAACUUAAACCUGGAGCAGUGGCUGUUCCGGGAACUCCCUUCUCAGUUGGCCGGAGAAGGUCAGCUUGUCACGUACCCUUUACCUUUUGAGUUCAGGGCCAUAGAGGCACUCCUGCAGUAUCGGAUCGGCACGCUUCAGGGGAAACUGAGCGUGUUGGAGCCCCGGAUCCUUGACACCUUGGAAGCGUUAGUGGAUCCCAAACACUCCUCUGUGGACAGAAGCAAAUUGCACAUCUUACUGCAAAAUGGCAAAAGCCUGUCUGAGCUGGAAACAGACGUGAAGAUGUUCAAAGAGUCCAUCCUGGAGAUCCUGGACGAGGAGGAGCUGCUGGAGGAGCUCUGCCUCACCAAGUGGAGCGACCCCGACGUCUUUGAGCAGAGCAGCACCGGCAUCGACCACGCGGAGGAGAUGGAGCUGCUGCUGGAGAACUGCUACCGGCUGGCAGAGGACCUGUCCAACGCGGCCCGUGAGCUGCGGGCGCUGAUCGACGACUCCCAGAGCGUCAUCUUCCUCAACCUGGACAGCCACCGCAACGUCAUGAUGAGGCUGAACCUGCAGCUGACCAUGGGGACCUUCUCCCUCUCGCUCUUCGGGCUGAUCGGCGUUGCUUUUGGGAUGAAUUUGGAAUCCUCUCUUGAAGAGGACCACCGCGUGUUCUGGCUGAUCACGGGCGUCAUGUUCAUGGGCAGCGGCCUGAUCUGGAGGCGGCUGCUGUCGUUCCUCGGGCGGCAGCUGGAAGCACCUCUGCCUCCUGCGGUGGCCUCUCUCCCCAGGAAGACCCUGCAGGCCGAUAGGAGGACGGGCGGGAGGCCAGACGGGCUGGGGCCCGGCAGGAGCGUCCUCACGGCCCGGUGAGAACCAGUCUCGUGUGUGCGUCGCAGGGGAGUCCUGGUCCCUCUGUAGAACCAGAAGCGCGGAAAAACCCGGUAUUUAAGUUACGUUGUCUGAUGAUGAAACACGGCAGUGACGAUUGAACGUGAUCGCUUUUUCAGAAUUCUGAGUAAACCAAAGUACUUGUUGUGUAAAAGGCCAAGAUUCUAUUUUCUACCAACUUAAAGAGCUCUUUUUACAGCCUUGUGAGACACGGAGGAGUUAAUGUGACGACUGUUGUAUGGAUUUUGUAUGUACUGAGAAAAGUCCAGCUUCAGGCUCAGCGCAGCCGGGACACUGGACAGACCCAGUCACGAGACCACGUGGCCGCAGUGCCCAGACCGGCGCCCUGUCGUCGCGAAUUUCCUUGCUCUCAGGGGACUGGACUGCUAGCGAAACACAGGUCAGCCUUAAAACAGACUCUGGAAGCUUGUGCUUCCAACCCACAGCCUCAUUCUCAUACCUGCUCCAGCCGUAUGUAAGGUGAAGAAAAAGAAGGGAAUGAUAGUACAGCAUCAGCUUUACAUGGAGUCUGACUGGUUAAAGUAUGUGGAGUUGAAGGAGAGAAUUCCCAUUCUGUCACUGGUUCGUAGCUGCUUUGGUCGUCCCCAACCUCCAGGGGGAGGAGCCAGCACCCUCCCCCCGACCCCAAGUGAAACUGUGUGGCCGCAUCCCUGUGUCCCCCCUCAGGCUGGCAGGUGGGCUUCCUAAGGCAGGGGAGCAAGACACGCUGGGUCUGUGGUCCCUUUUGUUCCCACAACCAGAGCUCUGGGGUCAGAACAAGUGGCUGAGCCCGGCCAGCCUCAGCGCAGCCCCCGCCUGGCCGCAGUGGGGGUCCUGGUGAAGGCUUACGGGGGGGCGCCGACCCUGUGAGG